AUGACAAGCACAUUCUCACUCCUCCGCAGCAUUGUACUACAACCACUCAUCCCCGCGGCUCUCCUGGCCGCCAGCCUGGGAUACCCGCAAGCACCACAGCAGGCAUUCCUCUCGCAACUCACCAAAGGAAUUGUCAGCACCAACCUCAACACCUCCACGAUCCACGCCGCAUUGAAAGUGCUGCUCGCCGUCGGCUUACUCUACCGCGCCAAUAAGUACCUCGAACACCUGGCGCUCAACAACUAUGUGACCGACAAGACCUGGGACUGGAGCCGGGAGAUCGUCCUCGUCACCGGAGGCAGCAGCGGCAUCGGGGCGGCGAUUGUGCGGCAGUUCGCAAAGCGCGGUGUCACGGUGGUGGUUCUGGACAUGGCGCCGCCAUUGCCUGAUUCCAAGACGGGAGGGGCGUCGCCGGCAAAUACGCAUUUCUACCACCUCGACGUGACCUCCAGCACAGCCAUCAAGACCGUCGCGGCGCAGAUCCGCUCAGAAAUCGGGUCCCCGACAGUCGUGAUCAACAACGCGGGGAUCGGGUCGGGCCAGCUGAUCCUGGACGAGGGCGACGAGAUCCUCGAGCGCACCAUCGCAAUCAAUCUGCUAGCGCCCUUCAGGGUGACCAAGGAGUUCCUGCCGGACAUGGUGGAGAAGAACCACGGCCACGUCGUAAAUGUCGCCAGCAUGGCGAGUUUCUUGGCCAUAGCGGGCAAUGCGAGCUACGCCGCUACGAAAGUCGGGCUGCUCGCGUUCCACGAAAGCCUGGCCAGUGAGUUGAAAAGUCGCUAUGGUGCGCCGAAACAUCGUCCACCCAAUGUGGACACGCACACCCCUCACCGCGCCACUCCUAGCGAGUCCGCAGUGGAAGGCAUCGCCACAGAUCCUGCUGGAGCCGGAGGACGUGGCGUCCGCGGUAGUGGGACAGGUGUUAAAGGGGGAGAGCGCACAGUUGAUCCUCCCGCCGAACCUGAGCUUCGCCUCGACCAUCCGUGGUUGGCCCCAUUGGCUGCAGAAUAA